ACUAACUUGCCAUCAACACAACCGCGGGAAUCAACCAACUUUUCAAUCCCUCUCCCUCCAAAUGACUAAACAAAACACCCCAACAUCUUCUCUCCAAACCCACCUCCACUUCCUCCUCCUCCUCCUCCUUCCCCUCCUCCUCCUCCUCCUCCCCCAUGCCAACUCCCAAUCCCUCCAAGACCAAGAACAAGCAGUCCUCCUAAAACUCAAGUCCUACUUAAACUCUCCGCCAUUUCUCAGCCAUUGGAUCCUAUCAAAAUCAAACGCUUCUUCCCACUGCUCCUGGCCUGAAAUUUCCUGCACCAACUACUCCGUCACCAAAUUGUUUCUCGACAACAAGAAUAUAACCCUACCGGUGCCAUCCUUCAUCUGUGAUCUCAAAAACCUCACAGUCAUUGAUCUCAGCUACAACUACCUCCCCGGAGCAUUCCCAAAAGCUGUCUACAAGUGUUCCAAGCUAGAGUACUUGGACCUGUCUCAGAACUACUUUGUAGGCCCCAUUCCUGAUGACAUCGACAGCCUGCCCCGGCUUCAACAACUUAUCCUCGCCGGAAACAACUUCUCCGGUGAUAUUCCUCCCGCCAUAGGGCGGUUGCAAGAGCUCGAGAAUCUUCAGCUGUACAUGAACCAGUUCAAUGGCUCUGUCCCACCAGAAAUAGGUAACUUGUCAAAUCUCAAAGACCUGGACAUGUCUUUCAAUAUAAAACUUGUGCCUUGGAACUUGCCUUCCAAUUUUACCAAGUUGAAAAAGCUCAAGACUUUAUUGAUACGCCAAUCGAAUUUGAUCGGAGAGCUUCAUGGGACACUUGGGGAGAUGGAGGCACUUGAACAAUUGGAUUUGGCAAUCAACAGUUUGAGUGGGGAGAUUCCGAGCGGUUUGUUUUCGUUGAAGAAUUUGAGUAUAAUCUAUCUCUUCAAGAACGGGCUUUCUGGGAAGGUUCCUCGAGUGAUCGAAUCAUUGAACUUGAGCAUUCUUGAUCUCUCUAACAACAAUUUAACAGGGACAAUACCAGAAGAGUAUGGAAAUCUUACCAAAUUAACAGAAUUGGCUUUGUAUUUCAAUGGUUUUUCGGGGGAAGUUCCGAAGAGCAUUGCCCGCCUGCCAAACCUCAUACAUUUCAAAAUCUUCAACAAUAAUUUGUCAGGAAUAUUGCCUCCAGAGUUUGGGAGGCACUCAAAACUCGAAGCUUUUGAAGUUUGUGUCAAUAGGCUAACCGGAAAACUGCCAGACAAUUUGUGCUAUUGGGGUAAGCUGGAAACACUUAUAGCUUAUGAGAAUCAUCUCAGUGGAGAAUUGCCAAGCUCUCUUGGAAAUUGCAGCAGUUUGAAGACUGUCAAAGUUCAUGAUAAUUUACUGUCUGGAAACAUUCCUAGUGGCAUGUGGACGGCGCCAAACUUGACUUCUGUGCUGAUAAGCAACAACUCACUUACUGGCGAGCUUCCUGAGAAGCUUUCAUCAAAUCUUUCACGGUUGGAAAUGAGAGACAACAGAUUUUCGGGCAACAUUCCAAUCGGGGUGUCUUCCUGGAGGGGUUUGAUGGUUUUUGACGGCGGUAAUAACCGCUUUAGUGGUGCUAUUCCUCAGGAAUUAACCGCGCUUUCUAGCUUAUUGACAAUUUCUCUUGAUCAGAAUCAGCUCACCGGCUUUCUUCCAUCGGAUAUUGUAUCGUGGGAGUCACUCACUAGUCUUAAUUUCAGUCGAAAUCAGCUCACCGGAACAAUUCCUGAGAAACUUGGUCUUCUGCCGAGACUUACUGAAUUAGACCUUUCAGCAAACCAACUUUCUGGUGAAAUUCCGGAUCAACUCGGGCAUCUGAAGAUCAACCAACUCAAUCUCUCUUCCAAUCACCUCUACGGGAAGAUCCCUACUGAGUUUGAAAAUGCUGCGUAUGAAGGAAGCUUCUUGGACAAUCGAGGCCUCUGCGCAACUAGCUCGUCAGCAAAGCUCCCCAUGUGCAAUUCUGAAUCCCAAAAGUCCAGCAAACUUAUGUCGAAAUCUCUUGCGCUAAUCUUAUCUUUUGGCGUACUGUUGUGCUUGUUGGCUAUUUCCAUCUCGUUCUUCAUGGUCAGAAGUUACUGGAAGAGAAACGGUGGAUUGGAUUCUAAAUGGAAUCUCAACUCAUUUCAGAGGUUGAAUUUCACAGCGUCAGAAAUUCUAUCGAAGCUCACAGAAAGUAAUCUGAUUGGAAGUGGCGGGUCAGGAAAAGUUUAUCGCGUUCCUGUGAAUUGCAAUGGUGAUGUUGUUGCUGUGAAAAAGAUUUGGAAGAAUGAGAAUUUAGAAGAGAAGCUUGAGAAAGAGUUUCUUGCAGAAGUCAAUAUCUUGAGCUCAAUUCGACAUGCCAACAUAGUGAAGUUGAUGUGCAGCAUUUCCAGUGAGACUUCAAAACUUCUCGUCUACGAGUACUUAGAAAAUCGGAGCCUGGAUCGAUGGCUGCACAGGAGAAAUAGGCCAUCCAAUCUCUCGAGGCCAGUCCAUCAUGUCGCGCUCGACUGGCCUGAGAGGUUGCAGAUUGCAGUGGGCGCUGCUCAGGGCCUCAGCUAUAUGCACCACGACUGUGUGCCGCCCGUGGUGCAUCGCGACGUGAAAUCGAGCAACAUUUUGUUGGAUUCUGAUUUCAAAGCAAAAAUAGGAGACUUUGGUCUGGCCAAGAUGUUGGUCAAGCAAGGAGAACUUGCUAUAAUGUCAUCUGUCGCUGGCUCCUUUGGCUACAUUGCUCCAGAAUAUGCUCACACAAUGCGAUUGAAUGAAAAGAUCGACGUGUAUAGCUUUGGGGUCAUCCUUCUGGAGUUGACAACCGGCAGGGAAGCCAAUGACGGCGAUGAACACACUGCCCUCGCUGAAUGGGCGCGGUGUCACGUUCAAGAAAACAAAGCUAUCGCUGAUGCUUUGGACAAGGACAUCAAAGAACCUUGUCACUUGGACAAAAUGUGCUCCGUUUUCAAACUCGGCCUCAUUUGCACUGAGAGACUUCCAGAUGAUAGGCCUUCCAUGAAGGAGGUUCUGCAAAUCUUGCUCCUAUACAGCCGUCCAGUACUCAGCAGAGAAUAUACCGAGCAUGUUGCCUCUCCUCUGCUCCAAAACUUGAAGCGCAAGAAGACCUUGGAAGACGAUUAUGGUAGUUUGGCGACCAAUGUCUGAUGCCUCAUCGAAUUCACGAAGAGGAACCAAUAAAGGGGAAAUAAAACUUUCAUUUCGCGUCGGUCUUAAGCUGAUCGAAUGUAUACUAUCAGAGGAAUUACGUAAGACAUACUGAUCAGAUGUAUACUAGAGUGCAGCACUGCAUCGUUAAGGAUGCCGAGCUGCACUCUAGGCGGCGAAACUACCCUGUAUAUUUGCAUAUGCAUAACAUCAAGAAGGACAUAAUAACGAGUAGCGAAAAUUCUCGAAAA